AUGGCCAUAUUAGAAUCAUGUUGUUUUUGGAACAACGUCUGGCGCGGCAGUUUGGCCAGCGCCAUUUACACGAUGGUCUACUUUAGCAUAUCUAGUCUAGUUUUACUGGCAUUCAUAGGCGAUGAAUGGGAAUAUGUGAUGGGCGAACAAGACCGGCCCCGCAGUGAGACAAUGAUCGAAAAGGGAAUCAUUGGAAAAUUGCAAUUCAGAUUCAAUAUAGCAGUUCUCAUAUGUUCCGUGGGCCUAGUAAUAUCUUCUGCAUUCAUGAUCUGCGGCUUAAUUAAGGAAAUUUCCAAUCUAUUAAUACCUUGGAUGAUAUUAAUGGCGACGAAUAUUGUCACCGAGCUGGCAUACUUUUUUAAUUUCGCAUUUGGUGAAAGGGCAAAUUUUGAGCCAAUUGUAGCUUUCAUAUUUACAAUGGACUUUUUCAUUAUCUCAUUGAACGUAUACUGUUUGAUAUGUGUUGCAUCGCAAUAUCAAGUAUUUAAGGAGUGCGAACGACUCGACAAUCGAGAAUCAAUUAGCAAUGAGGACUUGCACGUACCAAUUAAUAUGCCAAUAGCUAACCUUACAGCGGCGCCUCUCAAGCGAACACAUAAAUCAAUUUUUCCAACUAUAAUCGAAGAAGUCGCAUAA